AUGCAGGCUACGCGGGCUCGAAUCGAAGAAAGGCACCGAUCUUUCAAGAAAGCUGUUGAUUUGGACGAAGCAAGGCGAAAGCGUGAUGAGCACAAGGUGGAAAUCCGGAAAACGAAGCGCGAAGAGACGCUGAUGAAAAAGCGUCGUGAGCACCCAGCUGUGCAGGCAACGUCUCGGGCCGGUGCUUCAGUCCCAGGCGACAUGGCGGCUGUCCAUGACCCGACAGCAGCAGCAGCAGCAGCAGCUGGAACUGCACGUGCUGCGCCCGCCGUCGGCGAAAACUUGCUAUCAGCACCGGUUUCCGGCGAGAAAGCCGCCGGGUCACUGUCGGAGAGCGCUGUACCAGUAGAGAGCAUGCUGGACGCUCCCGGUGAAUCGGCCGAAGCGAGCUCCUCUCUGUUAACGACGCGUUCUCGGCAAGAAAUCCUGGCAAGCAUGCCAGCGCUCCGAGACACACUCUACCAGGCUGGAGCGAGCCCGGAGCAGCUGUUACGCACUGUCCGCGAGUUUCGCCGUAUUCUCUCCAUCGAACGAGCUCCACCUAUUCAAGAAGUCAUCGAAUGCCAGGGCACCGUCGAGAAACUUGUCGAGUUCUUGAGCUACGACCAGUUUCCGGCGCUUCAGUUCGAGGCGGCAUGGGCACUCACGAAUAUAGCCAGUGGGAAUACCGAGCAGACCACAGUGGUUGUUCAGGCCGGUGCAGUGCCGCACUUUGUUCGCCUUUUGCGUGCGCCUAAUGAGGAUGUUUGUGAGCAGGCUGCAUGGGCGCUGGGAAACAUCGCCGGAGACUCGGUACAGUAUCGUGACUUGGUCCUUGCUCAUGGCGCGAUGGAACCGCUGCUGCAGCUUCUCCAGACCCAGCACAAACCAGGCAUGCUCCGCAAUGCGACGUGGACGUUGAGCAAUUUCUGUCGCGGUAAGCCGGCACCAGACAUGCCCCUCAUUCUAGCUGCCUUGCCAGUGCUCGCGCAGCUGGCUCAAAGCACAGACGAAGAGGUACUGGUCGACACCUGCUGGGCGUUGUCCUACGUCAGCGAUGACAAGACCGAGCAUAACGCUCAGAUCGACGCGCUCAUCCGCUCGGGCGUCGUGAAACGGGUCAUCGAACUUUUGGGUCACGAGUCCACUGCCAUCCAGCAGCCGGCAUUGCGCACGAUCGGCAACAUUGUCACGGGUACGGAUGAACAAACACAGGUCGUUUUGGAUUGCGGGGCGCUCCCGUAUCUUCUGCGCUUGCUAUCAUCCAGCAAACGACUCAUUCGCAAAGAAACGUGCUGGACGAUCAGCAAUAUCACUGCCGGCACGAUUGAACAAAUUGAAUCGGUCAUUCAGAGCGGUCUGAUACCGCCCCUGAUCUCCUUACUGGCGAAUAGCGACUUUGAGACGCGACGCGAAGCGGCCUGGGCGAUCAGCAACGCCACCGCUGGAGGAACCGAUGCUCAGAUACGAAUGCUCGUCCUGCACGGCUGCUUGAAACCGAUGUGUGAUCUGCUAUUCGCGAACGAUAGCAAGCUGCUGAUUGUCGUUCUCGAAGGCAUCGAGAACAUUCUCGCAUCGGGUGAACGCGAACGGGAACGCCUGCACCAGCCUGCCAAUGAAUAUGCGUCGUUGGUGGAACAGGUCGGUGGCCUCGAGAGAAUCGAAAUGCUGCAGAACCACGUCAACGAGGAUAUUUACUUCAAGUCGCAACAUAUUCUUCGGACCUACUUUGAUGUUGAGGAUGAGGACGAGAUUCAGGGGUUGGUCCCCAUGGCCGCCUCAGAGGGUGACGGUUUCGGGUUUGGGAUAGAGCGAAACGAUGCCUUGGCGCGUUCGGGGUUUCAUUUCGGCACGUCGUCGUCGUCGUUGAUGAUGACUUCAUCGGGUAUGAUGACCGCGUCCACGAGCGUACCUCAUGCGACUCACGAAACCGCGUUCGGUGCUGAGACUGCCUCGCCCCGAACCGGUCAGGUGUCGUGGCGACCCAGCGACGACACCAAUGGCGAUGGCGAUGACGCAACGAACGGUAUGCCCAUGGGCUCGUGA